GCGCUUUCGAAGUGGGACGCGUCCGUUUUGUCAACUCGUAAACAUAACAAAUCUAAUAUUCCUACUUUCGGUCGCCAUGGCGAGCUCAGAAGAAGCGAAGCUCGAACGGUUCCUCCAGUGGCUACAGGGGAAUGGAGUUCAACUUCAUGGUUGCAGCAUCAAGUAUUGUGAUUCCAGAAAAGGGUUUGGCAUCUUUUCAACUAAAGAUGUUUCCGAUGGGGUUCUACUGGUUGUUCCGCUGGAUUUAGCAAUAACUCCAAUGAGGGUAUUGCAAGAUCCUCUUCUCGGUCCCGAAUGCAGGGCAAUGUUUGAAGAAGGAGAAGUAGAUGACAGGUUCUUGAUGAUUUUGUUCUUGACUAUGGAGCGCUUGCGUCAUAAUUCUUCAUGGAAGCCGUACCUUGACAUGCUUCCAACUAGUUUCAGAAAUCCACUUUGGUUUAGUGAUGAUGAUCUUCAAGAGCUGAGGGGAACAACAUUGUUCCGUGCUACUGAAUUGCAGAAGAAAAACUUGCUGUCGUUGUAUGAUACCAAAGUCAAGGCUUUGGUGAAGAAGCUCCUGAUUCUUGAUGGAUAUUCAGAGACUGAUGUGUGCUUUGAAGAUUUCCUUUGGGCAAAUUCAGUAUUCUGGAGUCGUGCUUUGAAUAUCCCUUUUCCUCGUUCUUUUGUAUUUCCGAAAAUGCAAACACCUGACAGUUGCAUUUCAGUCAAUGGAAGUGUCAAGACUCUAAUUAAUGGUGAAUAUGAAAGCCAGGUUGAAAAAUCUGAUGAUGAAAUCAAUGAGAUGGCCUGUAACAAAAUACAGGGAGACCUAGUUUGGGUGGAGGGUCUUGUCCCGGGCAUUGACUUUUGCAACCAUGAUCUGAAGCCAAUAGCAACUUGGGAAAUCGAUGGAACUGGAUCAGUCACGCAUCUUCCUUCUUCCAUGUACCUUCUCUCUGCUGCGCAAAAUCCCUCAGAGAUUGGUCAAGAAAUUUCAAUUAGCUAUGGCAACAAAGGAAAUGAGGAACUUCUCUAUCUGUAUGGUUUUGUGAUCGAUAAUAACCCAGAUGACUAUCUCAUGGUCCACUAUCCAGCAGAAGCAAUUGCUUCUAUAUCUUGCUCAGAAUCCAAAAGUCGGCUUCUUGAAGCACAGAAGGCUGAGAUGAGAUGUCUUUUGCCCAAGACUUUGUUGGAUCAUGGGUUUUUUCCUUUAGGCACCAAAAAAGGUGGGGAAAAUGAGAGGUGCAAGGUAGACCAAGUUUGCAAUUAUAGUUGGAGUGGUCAACGGAAGACACCAUCUUAUGCAAAUAAGCUGGUCUUUCCCGAGAAGUUUAUGACAGCCUUGAGGACCAUUGCCAUGCAGGAGAAUGAGAUCUUUAAAGUUUUCUCACUGCUUGAAGAGCUUCUUGGAUCUGGAGAGGAAAGAGAACCAUCGGAUACGGAUGUUCAAUCAGCAGUCUGGGAGGUCUGUGGCGAUUCUGGAGCCUUCCAAUUGCUUGUUGAUCUUCUUCGAGUUAAGUUAAUGGAUCUUGAAGAGGGUUCUGGAACGGAGGAAAGCGACACUGAUUUGCUGAACAAGGCCCUCAUUAUUGAUAGCCGGGAUGAUAACCAACAGUUGAAGAAUAGUUCAAGCAACACCAAUGAGACUGAGGAGCACAAGUCUAUGAGUAGAAACCAAUGGUCUUCUAUAGUAUAUCGGCAAGGCCAAAAGCAACUCACUCGCUUAUUCUUGAAAGAAGCAGAACACGCUCUGCAAUUAUCCUUAGAUGUAGAAGAGAGAUAGAGAAUUCUGUCACCUGUAGUCUCCUUUUCCGGUUAAAUAAAUGUGACUUUGGUAUACUGAGGUCUGACUCUUACUGGACGAGAUCAACAAGUUUAACAUUUCUUGUUAACUUGCGUCUGACGUUUUAGCUUCCCCAUCUCUACUUUCUGGCGUCUAAUGAUUCCUUUUCCAUUUCUAUUUCGGGGGCUUUUGUCUCUGCAAUUUCGGCUAUAGAAGAACACUGAAUGGCGGGAUGAAAUCUGGUUCUGACGUCCUUUACGGUUGGAAAUCGCGGAUUGAAAUCUGCUUUUAGUUUUCAUUUUUGGGCCCCUUUUGCGCUAUGGAUUGAAAUGUAUAAUUGUUGCCGUUCUCAUGUUCAAGACCGUUGUUAUUCCACGAUUCC